AUGGCUGAGGGCGCAGCCGGUUGGGAGACAUUCCGGGAUGAGAGCUUCGACGAGGUGCCGUUGCUGAUCGAGCCGCCUCCGCCGCCUCCCCUGGCCCGCGAGGUGGAGGAGGUGGGCAGCUUGGAGGAGCUCCUGGACCAGGGGGAGUCGCUCCUCCAGGAAUAUCGCAGCGGGAGCCCGACACUCAUCGACCGCCUCUGCACCCCGCAGAACGUGUGCGUGCUGGUGGAUCAUGCCACCAAGCAGCCUUCAGAAGGCGUGCCACCGGACAAGGCGCGGCUGCGCAGCCACACAGCCUGGAGCCCAGCAAAUCAGCUGUUCGGCUGUAAGGCUGUAAGGUUCGGAGAGGCGGAGUGUACGGAACAUAGUGCCGGCUCAAGUCUUCAAUGCCCGGCCCAUCAGGCGCCAUAA